AUUAAAAGCAGAAACGAAAAGCUAAACAACAAAGCAAAAUUUGUUUGGAAGUACAGGUUGGUCCACAGCAGCCACGGAGAUUUCAUUUUUUUAGUGAUAACGUUUACUCGUAUCAAGAAACUCUUGUCAACUCGAAAUACUUAUUCUAUUCUAUUUAUUAAAACAGGUUUCACAUGCUGUAAUAAGGAUUUGGAAUCUGCAAUGAAGAAUGCAGUGAAAAGCGAUGACCUGCUUAGCGUAGCGGAUUCGAUACAAAAAGAUGCUGAAUCAAAACUAGGUGGCAAAUUUGAGACCGUUGUAGCUUUCGACGACUUCGCCUAUAGAAGUCAUUUUAAGGAAGGUAGAAGUUGCAAAAUCGAAAAAGAUGGUCAAUAUGCGCUUGCAUGGCAACCAUAA